GCGACGUCGGCAGCGCGAGGCUUCGCGCGUGAGCGGCGCGGUCGCUGGGCCUGGCUACCGAGCUUUCCUGACGGGCGAGCAGGUCCUCGACACCGGCGCCUGGCGGAGCGCGGGGAGGAGGGAGGUUUUGGUGUCAGCGGUGUAGUUGACGGCAGUCCCGGCCAUGGAAGAGACGCAGCCGCUUCCGCAGUCCGAGCUGCCACUGUGCGACAGCCUCAUCAUCUGGCUGCAGACAUUCAAUACUGCUGCACCUUGUCAGGAUGUGAAACAGCUGACUAAUGGAGUUGCCAUGGCACAAGUUCUUCAUCAAAUUGAUGUAGCUUGGUUCAAUGAAUCUUGGUUAAGCCGAAUUAAAGAGGAUAUCAGUGACAACUGGCGAAUAAAGGCUAGUAAUUUAAAGAAGGUACUUCAAGGAAUUAUGGGUUAUUACAAUGAGUUUUUGGGACAACAGAUUUCUGAAGAACUUAUCCCUGAUUUAAACCAAAUAACUGAAUGUUCCGAUUCUGUGGAGCUUGGGAGGUUGCUCCAGCUUAUUUUAGGUUGUGCUGUCAACUGUGAAAAGAAGCAAGAACAUAUUCAAAAUAUAAUGACACUGGAAGAGUCUGUUCAACAUGUGGUCAUGACUGCCAUUCAAGAGUUGAUGAGUAAAGAAAUAGUGAGCUCUCCUACAAAUGAUGCUGUUGGAGAAUUAGAGCAACAGCUUAAAAGGGCCCUGGAAGAACUUCAGGAAGCACUAGCAGAAAAAGAAGAACUGAGGCAAAGAUGCCAAGAACUAGAUAUGCAGGUGACAGCACUUCAAGAUGAAAAGAAUUCACUAGUUUCUGAGAAUGAGAUGAUGAAUGAAAAACUUGACCAGUUGGAUGGCUCUUUUGAUGAUCCAAAUACAAUGGUUGCAAAAAAGUAUUUUCAUGCACAGUUGCAACUAGAACAAUUACAGGAAGAAAACUUCAGGCUCGAAGCUGCAAAAGAUGAUUACCGUGUUCACUGUGAAGAACUUGAAAAGCAAUUAAUUGAAUUUCAACAUAGGAAUGAUGAGUUGACUAGUCUUGCUGAGGAAACAAGAGCCCUGAAAGAUGAAAUAGAUGUUCUUAGGGCUACCUCUGAUAAAGCAAAUAAACUGGAGUCAACAGUUGAGAUAUAUCGUCAGAAGCUCCAAGAUCUGAAUGACCUUCGCAAGCAGGUGAAAACUUUACAGGAAACAAACAUGAUGUAUAUGCAUAAUACAGUCAGCCUAGAAGAAGAAUUAAAGAAGGCAAAUGCAGCACGUACACAAUUAGAAACAUACAAGAGACAGGUUCAGGAUCUUCACGUUAAACUUUCCUCUGAAACCAAAAGGGCGGACACACUAGCAUUUGAAAUGAAGCGGCUUGAAGAAAAACACGAAGCUUUACUUAAGGAAAAAGAGAGACUAAUAGAACAGCUUGAUACUCUGAAAGAAACAAAUGAAGAGCUUCGAUGUUCACAAGUACAACAGGAUCACCUAAACCAAACAGAUGCAUCUGCUACAAAAAGCUAUGAGAAUCUUGCUGCUGAGAUUAUGCCAGUGGAAUAUAGGGAGGUGUUUAUUCGACUGCAACAUGAAAAUAAGAUGCUUCGAUUACAGCAGGAAGGUACUGAGAAUGAACGUAUUGAAGAACUUCAGGAACAGCUGGAACAGAAGCACCGCAAGAUGAAUGAAUUGGAAACUGAGCAGAGGCUGAGCAAAGAACAAAUUCGAGAAUUGCAGCAGCAGAUUGAGGACCUCCAGAAGUCUCUGCAAGAACAAGGCUCCAAGUCUGAAGGAGAAAGUUCCAGCAAACUAAAGCAGAAGUUGGAAGCUCAUAUGGAAAAACUAACGGAGGUCCAUGAAGAAUUACAGAAGAAACAAGAGCUCAUUGAAGACCUCCAGCCAGAUGUAAACCAGAAUGUACAAAAGAUCAACGAACUUGAAGCUGCUCUUCAGAAGAAAGAUGAAGAUAUGAAAGCAAUGGAGGAAAGAUACAAAAUGUACUUAGAGAAAGCAAGAAAUGUAAUAAAAACUUUAGACCCCAAAUUAAAUCCAGCAUCAGCUGAAAUAAUGCUACUUAGAAAGCAGUUGGCAGAGAAAGAGAGAAGAAUUGAGAUUCUGGAGAGUGAAUGUAAAGUAGCAAAAUUCCGUGAUUAUGAAGAAAAACUCAUUGUUUCUGCCUGGUAUAAUAAGAGUCUAGCAUUCCAGAAAUUAGGGAUGGAAUCUAGACUCGUGAGCGGCAGUGGUGCUUACAGAGACACGGGGGCUUGUGCUCCUGCCCGGUCUUUCCUAGCACAGCAGCGGCACAUCACCAGCACCAGAAGAAAUCUCUCUGUUAAAGUUCCUGCUACGACAUCUGAUUAAACUGCAAAAGAACACAUAAACAGAAGUGCCCUUAAAAUAUUUUGUAUCUUUCAACUAACUACCAGGUUGGAAAAGAAGUGUAUGAUUCUGGACAUCAGCUAUUUUAAAAUCAAAAUUCAUAAAAUUAGUCUUGCCAGCUGAUUUUGAAAACAGAAUGUGAAAUUAGCAUGUGUGAAUAAAUGGAAGAUAUAAUAAGGCAAAAAUCUCAAACAUUUGUCUUUUGAGAGUAUUAUAUUAUCUCAAAUUGACUUUGUAUAUUUUAGUUUAAUGUUUUCGGUUGGACCAGUAACUAAUUUGCAAUGUGUAAUCGGUAAUAUGUAAUCUAAAAAUACAUCUAUUUUAGUGUUUUGGUAUAAAAAUAGUUGUGAAAAAAAAUAGUUGUGAGGUAGGCACGUGGAGAACUAUACAAGAGUUAUAUUUUUUGACUUGACCUACACAAGGCGUUACCUCUGUCCUCUAAUUCUGUCGCUGAAUGGGUAUAUUUUAUCAUGUAAUGGAAGAUAUAGCAUUUGGAAGAUUGGACUAUUAAAAUGACUUCUCCAUAGAAGUGACUACUUGGCAAUUUUGCAGAUUUAGAAGAGGUCACAGUUCUCAUAUGUACCUACUAUAAACUAAGGCUUCUGUGCAGCAUGGUUGAAAUGUUAAGGGUAUAGAAAUGAACUGACUUGAAGAGAUGACUUUCUGAUGGGAAGCAAGCUAAAAAAUAUACUUCGUGUGAAAUGCCCACACUAUUUUAAUAUAAUUAAUGAAGAUUACAAUUAUUAUUACUUUUAAGCAUAAAAUUAUCAGGGUUUCUGCUAAAAAAAAAAAAAGAUGCAUUAGUAGUUUUG